AGAACUAUUUCACCAAGGUGCUCGAGGACAAUCUCAAGGCUGUUGUUAAGCCGCAGUAUGUGGAUCAAAUUCCCAAGGCUGUCAAGGGCCCCCAGCGUGAGGUUGGUGAGCUGCUCAAGUCGCGUGCCCAACUAGGCAACACUCAAGACGUCAUUGAGAAUCUUGGUAUGUGGUUGCUCCUUCUGCUUUUGAAUGCAAUUUUGAUUGUGCUAACCAUUCCUCAGAUCUCCAGUCGGUCAUGUCCCGUGACAUCAAACUGCUUUCUGGUGGAGAGCUGCAGCGAUUCGCUAUUGGUAUUGUCUGCGUCCAGAAUGCUGAUGUCUACAUGUUUGACGAGCCUUCGUCCUUCCUUGACGUCAAGCAGCGUUUGAACGCUGCCAAGGCCAUUCGUGGCCUGCUUAGGCCAGACGACUACGUCAUCGUUGUCGAGCACGACUUGUCAGUCCUUGACUACCUGUCUGAUUUCGUCUGCGUUCUGUACGGACGACCUGCUACCUAUGGUGUUGUAACCCUUCCGGCCUCCGUCCGUGAAGGCAUCAACGUAUUCCUGGACGGUCACAUUCCUACUGAGAAUUUGCGAUUCCGUGAUGAAUCCCUGCAGUUCCGACUUGCUGAGGCUGGCGAUGAUUUUAUGAUUGACAAGUCUCGCGCAUUCCGCUACCCUUCCAUGGAAAAGACUAUGGGCAACUUCCAUCUCCAAAUCGAAUCGGGCGACUUCACUGAUUCUGAGAUCAUUGUUAUGAUGGGUGAGAACGGAACAGGCAAGACAACCUUCUGUAAGAUGCUUGUGGGAGCCGAAAAGCCCGAUGGCAACCAGCAGGUGCCGGCCAUGAACAUCUCCAUGAAGCCGCAGAAAAUUAUGGCGAAGUUCGAGGGUACCGUCAGACAGCUUUUCUUCAAGAAGAUCAAGGCUGCCUUCCUCAACCCACAAUUCCAGACCGAUGUGUACAAGCCGUUGAAGAUUGAUGAUUUCAUCGACCAGGAGGUUCAGAACCUUUCUGGUGGUGAAUUGCAACGUGUCGCCAUUGUUCUUGCUCUCGGAAAGCCUGCGGACGUUUAUCUUAUUGACGAGCCUAGCGCUUACCUCGACUCUGAGCAGCGUAUUGUCGCCUCCCGUGUCAUCAAGCGCUUCAUCAUGCACGCUAAGAAAACCGCCUUUGUCGUCGAGCACGACUUUAUCAUGGCUACCUACCUUGCCGACCGAGUCAUUGUGUUCGAGGGCCAGCCUUCCGUCGACGCCAAGGCUUGCGAGCCUGAGAGCUUGCUCACUGGCUGCAACCGCUUCUUGAAGAACCUCGAUGUCACCUUCCGACGUGACCCCAACUCCUAUAGACCUCGUAUUAACAAAUACCAGAGUCAAAUGGACCAGGAGCAGAAGCUCAACGGUAACUAUUUCUUCUUGGAGGAGGAGAGUUAAAAAGGGCAUCCCACAUGAAAGAAGACACCUUCCCCCUCUGCG